AUGAUUGCUCCCUCUAAGCCUGUACGAAAACGCCAACGCCCGGCGUAUUCUUGUAUCGAGUGCCGCCGGCGCAAAGUCCGGUGCAACCGGACCAAACCAUGUGGACAGUGCACAGCUCACAAUUUGGAGUCCUCAUGCUCAUACAAGGAAAAUCGUCGUACGCUUCCCGUUUGUAGAGAGUCGAGUGGUGUUGGCGGCCCGCAGCAGGAAGACAGAAGACAGAUUACCCCUGAAGAUCCAAAGUCCAGCAGUAAUUCACCACGCGCCUCAACUCUCUCAGGCCCGAUUCAGGGCACUGUAUCAAAGACUCGGGUUUUUGGACACGGGCAUUGGAUGAACACAUACUCCCUGGUGGAGGGCCUGUCCAGUCUCCAGCCCAUCGGUGAGUACUAUGAUAUGAUUUUCCAGCAGGCAAACCACGGUCCCCUAGACCGAGUCGCAGAGACCGUUGUCCAAUGCAAGCAGUUGGCUCGAGUUAUCAAGCAACGACGCCCCAGUCGGAGGUGCCUCCCCGCGGACAUCCAUCGAUUCUUUCCCGACCGCGAAGUAAUCAAUGAACUGGUUGAGCUCUAUUUUACCACGUUUGAAUCCUGCCACCAAAUUCUACACCGUCCUUCAUUCAUGACAGAGUACGAGGACUACAUGGAUCAUCCUGAAACUACAGAGAGCUCUUUUCUUGUGCAGCUUCUUCUUAUCAUGGCUGCUGCCGGUCCAUUACACGGCGAUGCCAAUGUUCGCAGCGAGAUGGCUAUAAAGGCCUCAACCUGGAUGUAUAUCUCUCAGACAUGGCUUUCUGCACCACUGGAAAAAGACCGCUUGACAUUGAAAGGUGUUCAAGUCCACUGCCUGCUGCUUCUUUCUCGUCUAGUCAACCGAUUGGGAGCGGAUCUGGUAUGGAUCUCGGCAGGCUCAUUAAUGAGGAUGGCCAUGCAGAUGGGGUUGCAUCAAGACCCAAAUCACCUUGGGGAGAUGAGUGUGCAGCAGAAAGAGAUUCGAAGGCGACUAUGGUAUACUAUCCUGGAAAUGAAUGUGCAGGCCGCAUUGGACUCCGGAAUGUCGCCCAUGAUUUUGGACGGCGACUACAAUACCCUGCCGCCGUCCAAUGUAAGCGACGACGACCUCAACGGUGCGGGACGGGAGAUACACCGGGAAAGCACAGCCUUGAAACCCUCUCGAAUUUCCUUUCAGUCUCUGUUGGCCAGCUCCCUUCCUCUCAGAAUGCGUGCCACCAGAGUGAUCAAUAGCCUGCAGGAGGAACCGUCUUAUGACCAAGUCCUAGCUCUUGGAAAUGAGCUGGCCUCCGCAUGUCGUGACGCUGCCAUCGCGAUCGACCAGGCUGCCUUCAUGGGCGAUACAGACCCUGCAGGCCAAUUUGCAUCCAGUUACUGCAGUCAUCUCCUUCGUCGCUUUCCAUUGUGUCUUCACUACCGGUAUGCUAUCAAGGCUAAAACAAAUCCACUGUACAGUUACUCCCAGAAAGCCUGUCUUGAAGCCGCCCUCGACCUGGUCUCACUUCUCGAGGAUGAUCUCUAUUACCUGUUACUCCUCACCGGAGGUGGCAUGUUUCGCGACAUUAUCACACGAGGGGCAUUACUCAUUUUUCUAGAACUUAAUCCGGAGCCUGAAGCAGACACCUCAAUUUUCGCCAGGAAAAGGAACCGUGCUCGCCAAGGGUUAUUGCUCCAAGAUGCCCACCGUGUGGUGCAAUAUGCAAAGGAUAGAAUGUUGCGCGGUGAUACGAAUGUGAAAGGCUAUGUGUUUCUCAGCAUGCUACUGGCCCAAACUGAGGCUCGCCUUGAUGGCUUGCCAACGAAGGAGCCUACUCUGAAGGCUCUGCGUGAAAGUCUGGACACAUGCCACAAUAUACUGGAAUCCAUGGCUACCGAUACUUCUACCAAAUCAAUGUAUCCGGAUUUUGAAUUAUGGCAAACAAACAACAUGCAGUCCCCACGCGCAAGCAUUGACGCUGACUUUGACUUCCUCGAUGAUGAGAAUCUCAACUUUGACUUUUCGGACUGUUAUUUUCCUCUACAGUAA